UGGGGAGACUGGAGAGGGCGGCCUUGCGCGCCGCGACCGCCGCCGCUACGAUACGGAGGAUGAAGAUGACAGUUCGUCUGGGGACAGCUACGACGAGGACUACUCAGACGAGGGAUAUGUUGACGAACGCGAGGAGGCCUUGGUGCAAAAGGCGCUCUACCGGAUAGAAAAGGCGCAGGCAAAGGGCCGGUCCGACGUACGGCUCAGCAAGGAGGAGAUUGCGGCCCUGGAACGGAGGCAGAAGCGCAUGGAGGCGGAGGAGCGCAGGAACCGCAGGCGGCGCGAGGAGCGUGUGGCCAUACCGCUUGCCCAGUUUGGGUCCAUGGCUCGACUGGGAAGCUCUUCUUCACGCUUGGCUUCUGGCUCCGGCUCCUUGUCAAGACAGCCUUCCGGAAGCGACGCGGUGGAAGAAGACGAGGCAUCGCCGCAGAUGGGCUACUUCCCCCCGCACUCCAGCUCGCGCCGGCCAAAGUCUGGCAGCUCUACGUCUCGGCCAUCGAGCAUCCACGAGGACUCGUCGAAGGAUCCCUUUCAGUACCUGACGACUGGGCCUCGCGGUUCCGCUUCUGCGCCCAAGCGACACAGCUCUGGCCAGUCUGACCUGAGUUCCCUGUCGCGCCGUGGCAGGCCCGAGUCGGCUGAAUGGAGCCGACGGGAUUCGUCUAGGAGGCAAAGCUCCGACGAGACCAGCGAGGAACUGGCGUUGGUGCAAGAGACGUCGAGCCGAGCCGCCAAGGGCCGGGAGGAGAUUGUCGUCGAGGUGGAGCCCGAAUCUCCCACCGGGCCCGAGCCAGCGUCGUCCCGCACGCGGUCAGCAUCGAGAAGGAAGCCCGAGUCUGUGUCGUCAAGGAAGACGGUGUCGAGCAGGACGACGACUGGGUCAGGGGCGUCGUCGGGGGUGCGGAGGAAGAAGAGGGAUGAUGCGCGUUGAUUUCGUCUGAU